UCCUGAUUAUCUUUAGCUUUAACCAUUUAACCAGGGUCUGGGUCGGUUCUAUAAAAGCCGAGCGCUUCUUUGCUUCUGACAAAGUCAAAUCAAAAAUGUUGUCAGCGAAAUUUGUGAUUGUUCUGCUACUUCAGGCCGCGGUAACCGUCCUGGCGGGCUGCUUAAUACCGCAGCCCGUCAAGCGCCAACGUUCACUGCACAAUGAGCUCUUAAGACUGCAACCGCGCCUUGAUGGUCGCAUUGUAGGCGGUUAUCGUAUAAACAUAACCGACGCGCCAUAUCAAAUCUCGUUGCAAACAACCGAUCACAUUUGCGGCGGCUCCCUGAUUUCGAACGAGUGGAUACUAACGGCUGCGCAUUGCACCUAUCGUAAAACAGCUAACAUCCUACGCGUGCGUUUGGGCACCUCUGAAUAUUCCCGUAAUGGACAGCUGCUACGGAUUCAAAAUAUUGUUCAGCACGAAAAGUUCAACUACUCGAGUGUCGAUUAUGACUUCGCACUGUUGCAGUUGCAGGAUCCCAUUGAAUUUGAUAAGACUAAGAAGGCUGUCCAGCUGCCGGCGGAGGACGCAGUAUUUAAUGACGGUGAUAUGUGCUAUGUUAGCGGUUGGGGCACUACACAGAAUGUGCUAGAGCCACGCGGUUGGCUGCGCCAGGUGCAGGUUCCGCUGGUCAAUCAGCAGGAGUGCAGCGGAAGGUAUAGUAAAUACGGUGGCGUGACAGAUCGCAUGAUCUGCGCUGGAUAUAUGAAUGGUAGGAAAGAUGCCUGUCAGGGCGAUUCGGGUGGUCCUAUGGUAAACGCCGAUGGUGUGCUGGUGGGCGUGGUGUCCUGGGGCUAUGGCUGUGCCGUGCCCAACUAUCCGGGCGUAUACGCCAGAGUAUCUCAAGUUCGUGAAUGGAUUAAGAACCACAGCGGAGUUUAAUUAGCUAACUAACUGAAUAAACGAAUUAAAAUAUGCAGCAAUACCAAAGCAUUUUCCACUCUUUUAUCCAUACUUCAGCAAUAACACGCGCUGACGGCACGCAGGCUGUAGUGCUUCAACCACGCGACCUUAUUGCACGGCGCACAUUAUG